GACGGAAGUGAUGCAAGACGCACUGACGUGGCCGGAAACCCGCCAUCUUGAGGGAGGAAACGCCUCGAAGUUGAGGAAACUUGAACUUUUCAGCGGAGUGAAAAAAAGCAUCUCUCAAACAUGGGCAACCUAUUUGCAAACCUCUUUAAAGUCUUUGGCAAGAAAGAGAUGCGGAUUCUUAUGGUGGGUCUUGAUGCUGCUGGAAAGACAACGAUUUUGUACAAGCUGAAGCUGGGAGAAAUUGUUACCACCAUCCCAACUAUCGGCUUUAACGUUGAAACUGUCGAGUACAAGAAUAUAAGUUUCACAGUUUGGGACGUCGGUGGUCAAGAUAAGAUUCGACCAUUGUGGCGUCAUUAUUUCCAGAACACACAAGGUCUAAUCUUUGUGGUUGACAGCAAUGACAGAGAGCGUGUGAAUGAAGCGCGAGAGGAGCUGAUGAGAAUGUUGGCCGAGGACGAGCUCAGGGAAGCAGUCCUGCUAGUGUUUGCCAACAAACAGGAUCUACCGAACGCCAUGAACGCUGCGGAAAUCACGGACAAGCUGGGGCUGCAUUCGCUCCGGCACAGGAACUGGUACAUUCAGGCCACGUGCGCCACGAGCGGCGACGGCCUCUAUGAAGGACUCGAUUGGUUGUCCAACCAACUGAAAAACCACAAAUAAUGACCUCACUGUUCUGCUCUUCCUUAGUUUCAUAUUCUCGACACUCGCUUUACUCUUGUUUUUAAACCGACGGUGCUGGAAGCUGCGCUCAUUUCAAAUACAGCGAGAAAAAGUGUUACUCACUUUAAUGUAAAUAGUUUUUUUGUUGUGAGGCAGCUUUUUUGACCACCAUUAUGCAAACUAGAUUUAGUCCUUCAUUGUUUUUUUCUCCCCACAUUCUUUCUGUUUGAGUCAUUGGAAAGAGUUUGAAGAACGUCAGUCCUGUAAACUCUGUCAGGUCUCAUUUGAAUCUUGCACAUGUAUUAUUUUAUUGUGCUUAUAAUAAGACUCUUUUAGAUGUACUGUAAACGAAACUGUAUUGUUUGUCUUGAACUGAGUAAAGGAAAUCAAACAUUA